CUUGCUUUCCUUCUUCGGAGACCCUCCCGGCUGUCAGUCCUCACUUGCCAUUAAGGCAUAUCCUUUUGAUCUUUCAGUUUUAGCUUAUAUUGAUCCUGAAUUAACCUAUUUUUCUAUUCCUAGGGACAGAUAUUAUCGAAGAAAAUUAUUUUGUUUACUUUGAUGACCUGGUAAAACUUGCGGUUGUUGGAGUCCGCCGUGUUUACGUCCGCAGUCGCUGUCCGAGUUGCAAGUUUCAUAGACGCAACUCCGUUGAAGACGUAUACUUAUUAGUUUUAAACUUAUUUAUACUUUAUUGUAAGCUUUCGUGGUAGACUUGAAGGUUAUCACUGACGCACUAACAUUAAGAUUAACCCCUUAGGCCUCCAACGAUGACUUUCAGUUUUAUAGAGCUAAGAAAUUUAUUCUGAAUCACGACUCUGAGAUUACGUUAGUGAAUCCAUCGUCGUACUUACCGAGUAAAGCUCGUAUGUUAGAGUCUGGAAUAGUUAAAGCAUACAGCUGUGCCUUGUGUCAUGAAACAUCAAAGAAAUUGUAUUUUAAAUAUAUUGAAGUACCUAAAUAUAGCUUAGUGCUGGUAAAAGUGAAGAUUCACCUACAGGCCGGCCUGCCAGGCUAGGAAAUGCCAAUUGCCAUCCGUAGGAGUUAGCUAUAGGCUAAAUAACAUUUCUUAAUAAUGAAUGUUUGGUCAUCAGUGGUGAGGUCAGGGGGUGCGUUUCGAGGCAUUUUGUCCAGUCCCAAUGGCAUCGCAAGACCUUUAUACAACGCUUCUCGACACACACAGGCAGAGACAGUUAAUGCAUCUCCUAUUACAAAGAUGCCCAGACUUAAACAACUAAGAGAAUUGGAUCCCUUACCAUUCUCAUCAUUCCUGACAGAUUCCUUUGGUCGCAGGCAUUCUUACUUAAGGAUUUCCCUCACUGAGAGGUGCAACUUGAGAUGUCAGUAUUGUAUGCCAGAAGAAGGUGUGGCACUGACACCAAAACAGCAGCUAUUAACAACUCAGGAAAUUAUCCGAUUGGCAAGAUUAUUUAUUUCGGAAGGUGUAGAUAAAGUUAGGCUAACUGGAGGAGAGCCAAUGGUUCGGAAAGAUUUGGUCACUAUAGUAGAGGCUAUCUCAGAUCUUGGUGUCAAACAACUUGGCUUAACUACAAAUGGAUUGUUAUUGAAACGAAGGUUGCGGGAUCUCCACAAAGCAGGUCUAACGCACUUGAAUAUUUCCUUGGAUACCCUUAUACCCCCAAAAUUUGAACUUAUUACUAGAAGGCGAGGCUGGGAAAAAGUCAUUGAAGGAAUCAAUGAAGCUUUGGAACUGGGAUACUCACCUGUUAAGAUCAAUUGUGUUGUGAUGCGAGGCAGAAAUGAAGAGGAGAUAUUGAAUUUUGUCAAGUUUACGCAGGAUAAAGACAUUGAUGUCCGGUUUAUUGAGUACAUGCCUUUUGACGGAAAUAAGUGGGAUGACAAAAAAAUGGUGAGCUAUGCCGAAAUGUUGAGUACCAUAAGAGAAGUGCAUCCAGAUUUGAUAAAGAUUUUGGACAAGCCCAAUGACACAUCCAAGGCAUAUAAGGUACCAGGAUAUGCUGGACAAAUUGGUUUUAUCACUUCCAUGACUGAAAAUUUUUGUGGAACCUGCAGUCGGAUGAGAAUAACAGCUGAUGGUAACCUGAAAGUGUGUUUAUUUGGCUCAUCUGAGGUCUCUGUAAGGGACCUCAUACGCAGUGGAUGCUCAGAUACAGAUAUAUUAGAAGUCAUAGGAGGAGCUGUAAGCAGAAAGAAAAGACAACAUGCUGGUAUGCUGAAUCUGGCCAAGUUAAAGAAUCGACCAAUGAUAUUAAUUGGUAAAGGGACUUCUCUGCGCAACCAUCGUGGAUUACAGCUUAACUCCUUUUUGUUAUAUAUUAGGUCAAAUACUUUUAUAUAUAACAGCGUCUCAUUGCACACUACACAUUUGUUUAGAAAGGGCGAUUCUUCAUCUUCUAGUAAUGAAAUAUAUUCCCAACCAAAUGGGCCAGACAAGCUGCAGAGCAGUUGCAAUCCUCUUGAUAAAGUAGACAAAUAUUUUAGCUCUGAACAUGCUUUGACAGCGGAAUUUAAUCACAACAACAAUUUUUGGAAGAAGUUUGGUGAAUCAUACAUGGAAGGUGCUUCAAAUGAAGCAGUGUCAAACAUCUCUGAAAUUUUACCAACCUCUGAAAUUUUAUCAACUACAGGUGAUAUUGCAGAGAGUGCACCAACGUUAAGUCAUGUAGAUGCAAAGGGUGAAGCACAAAUGGUUGAUGUGGCUGGGAAGCAAGUAACUAGAAGAAAAGCAGAAGCAAAGGCUGAGGUUUACUUAGGAGCUGAAGCUUUUCAUUUAGUUAAAGAAAAUAAAAUGAAGAAAGGUGAUGUUCUUGGGGUUGCAAGGAUUGCAGGCAUUAUGGCAGCCAAGAAGACCUCGGAAUUAAUUCCCCUAUGCCAUCCUUUACAAGUAGAUCAUGUAGAAGUACAGCUUAGCUUACAAGAGAAAGUUGAAGAUGGAAGAGAAUUUUUUGUUUCCAUUAAGACAAGUGCUUCAACAUCAGGACGGACAGGUGUUGAAAUGGAAGCGCUCACAGCAGCAUCAGUAGCAGCACUCACUGUAUAUGACAUGUGUAAGGCUGUGAGUCAUGAAAUUGUGAUCUCAGGUAUUUGCUUAUUGAGUAAAACUGGAGGAAAACAAGAUUACUACUGUAAAUAAACAAGAAUUUUUUAAUCUUGAUUGAUAACAUGUAUUUAGACUGCAAUAUUUUUUUUAGCCUGAUAUCUACCUACAUUACAGCAUGAUAAUAGUAAUGCUGGAAAAAGAAUCACAUAUUGCUCAUUUUUAGGUAUGUAUAGAGUAUAUUAUCUGUAUGCUUUAGAAAUGUGAUUUAUAAGACAUUAAUGGUGCUCUUGUGUAAUUUUUUUAUUGUACAUAAAAUAAGCUUUGAUUGGAUCUAAUCGGAUCAGCUCAAUGGCUGAAUUAUAGUAAAGCCACUUGGUCUAGACAUUUUUAAUGAAUUAAUAACUAGAAAUACUUUAUGAUCAUUUGUGAAUGGCAAAUCAAAGUGGUUUAGCAGUUUUGACAGUAUAAAUUUUUAUUAUACUUUUAGUACCUUGUAAGGUUGGUGCUGUAAUUGUUUUUUUUUUCUUCAAUAUUUUAUACAGAUGCAAAACUAUUGUUACCUUAUAUACAAACACACUUGCAUAUCAUUGCUUUAGUAUUCAGUUAGUUUACCUGAUGUGAUGGGAUUUACGAUUCUAAAAUCCCUAAAAUAAUGUAGACUAUCAUUGUAAAAUUCUUAAAAUAAUCCAAACCAUCAAUCCGUCCACAUUUGAAAAUGGGGCAAUUUUCAACUAAUAUAAAUAAUGCAGUACCCCUUCAUCCCCAAGUCUUUAUCUUCCUCCUUAACCUUCAUCCAUGGUAGAGCACUUACAGAUAAGUUUUCUGAUUUCAUAGUUGUCUUCUUUUGAUUUUCAUCCAUGGUUUAUGAGCAAACCCUAUGACCAAGACGCCAGAAAUUAGACUUCUGUUUUAGUUAAGUUGUUACAGAUAAUUUAAGUAAGGAUAGUCAUCAAGUCUGUGAGUGUUAAGUUGAGUAUUUUAUGGAUUGGUGUAUGGAAUGCUUUAUUAGUGGAAAGAUAUUUGAUCAUUUGAUUCUCAAUUUACAGCUUUCUAAAGAAGAAAAAGGGACAAAAUCCAUUAUGUAAUCCGGUAAGAGUAUGUAUCUCAUACUUAGAAUCAUACUUAGAAGUUGAGUAUUAUAGUAACAAAAUGGUUAAAUUAGUUUAUAUAGAAAUUAUUGAAAAGGGUUGUGAGGAGUUUUAUAUUCUGAAAGUUACAGAUGCCUUAAUAAGCUUAUGAUGAUUGAUGGCAGAAGUAUUAAGUUGUUAAGUUCUGUUAAUCCUUGAGGGUUUAAGACAGUACAUUAUAUUUGUCUUAUUUACAUGUUACAAAGAUACUAACAGUUAUUAUUUCGGUAUUUGAGUACUAAUAUAUUUUCAUGAUGUUAAAAAUUAGGGAAAAAAUCAGCAUUUCUUUACUUGAAUAGGUGUCAAAUAAACUUACAUGCACAGUGUCUUUUGUCACGGGAAGUAACAAGAUGGUGUGACUAGAGAGUUGGCAUGGAAGUAUGGCUAUUUAAAAUUAAUUAGUUAGUAAAAGAAAUUGUUUUAAAUUGUAAAAACAUUGUUUCAAAAGAGCAAGAAGCCAAAGCAGACACAUUUCACCUAAAUUGACUGGAGAGGCAUGCAGCGAAUGGAUAAUUGCAAGUAAGUCUUCUUAAUUUCUAAAGCUAUUGCUAAAAGGUUUUGGAAUUAUAGUACAGUGGUAGUAUCACAUUAAAUAAAUUUUAUAUAGUUUCCUUUCCUAAAUGCAAAGAUUUUGUCAGCCUGCAGAUAGAUUUGUAGCCUUUAUAGAUUAAGCAUUUGGUACAUCAAAACUAAACCUCAGGUUUGUUAGCUGUGAAAAAUACAAAUUUAUUAAAAAAAUUUCAGAGUCAGACUUCUAAUUUAAAUCUUAAAGGCCAGUAAAAAUAGAAGGGCUCAGAGUACAUCUGAUAUUUUUAUAGAAUCAAUUUUUCAUCCAUUAUCUUCAUUGAUUUAGUUUUUCCAUGUACACCUAACAUGCAGUUGCAUUGGAAUGCUUGCAUACUCAUGGAUUUCUCCACUCUUGAGCAUUUCUGUCCACCAUUCAAGUUUUCUCACUUCCCAUUUCCAUAAGCUUUUACAAUGAAAUCUAUAGUAGUUUGUAUUUUAUUUUGGGAAGGCAUUUGCCAAUAGUAUGCACACACUUCCUUGAGGAAAAGAUGUAGUGAACAUCUCUAAAAUGAAUUGCAUUUGCCAAUCAUUGUGAAUACUCCAAUGAAAUUUAGGUAAGAAGAUGAUGAGAAUGAUGUUGAAUAUUUGUUUGUAGUCCUCUGCUAAUGGGCUAAAAAAUUUGUAUAAUUUAGUUGUCAAGGAUACUGCUGGUAUUGCUCUCCAAAGGAUAUACCUCAGUCCCAUAUUUUCCAUGAGUGUAACAUUGUUAAAUGCUGCAUACCACCAAGAUAUCUAUUAAGAUAACUUUUGUUUCAUAGGUGCCAAAGUAUAUACGAGAACAAAUUAUUUCGCAAAUAUUGCUGCACAAAAAAAGCAUUACUUGACAGUAAAUUUAGAUAUCACCCUGCUGUCACCCACUUUGUUUUUUUUAACUGGAUCCAGCUAGCACUGAGAGAUUAUUCCGUACGUAAAGACUUUAGGUUUGUAGUUAUGAUAAAUAAAAAUUGAUUAAAGAUUUAUCUUAUUUUAAAGAGUAAGAAAAUUGUUUUUCAUUUCAUGUGGUGAGUUUCUUCAUUAUUGAAUUUUAGGAUGUAGGAACCAUAGAUAUUGAAAAAUCACAUGGUAUGACAUAAAAUUGUUCCCAUUUGGAAGUAAAAAAAAAAAAAAGUGUCAAAACAUUUCCAGUAAUAUUCCAAUUUUUCUAAAAAUAUUUAAAUGCAGAAGAUAGAGUUGGUAGUAAGUGGCUGACAGCAUGUCAGGUUAAUACUUGAGUGCAAGUUUACAGAAGACUACAGAGUUGAAAUUCAGUCAGAUGUUGUAAAGCACACAGCCGGAAUGUAAGUUAAAGUCACAACAAAAAAAGGAGCUACUAAAAAAAAUGUUUGACAACAGGGCUACUGCUUUAUGGAGAUUUAACGCCAUCUCUGAUAGGCCUUCACACACACCUAGGAAGGAUGCUUAAGUUAAGUAGCAUUAGCUCAUCUGCCUUUCUGUAUAUCCAAUGUUUUUCCUUUCUCUUUAGGAUGUGUUCAGACAAUUGAGCAAGACUUUACUUCAAAAUUUAAAAAAAGCAUGACAUCAAAAGUGGUAUAAGAAUAAUAGUUACAAAUGUUGGUGCAAUCGGUCUACUUUCAUGUUUCAUGUUUAUGGCCCUCAAUGUAUUCAUAUGUAUACUGACUUUAAUCGUUUCCCAUCCUUAUUUUUUGCCCUUUUUUCUUUUUCUAUAUGUGAAUGCAUGCAAUGGAUGUUAUCAGUGGCAUAUCUUUCAUAUUUUGGUUAAAUGGUGAUGCCUGCUAUAUGGUGUUGUGAUAAGUUGAGUAUUUACGGUAAUCCAUUUCUAUGCUGCAUGUAUUAUAGUACUCUUUUUAGUUUAUAUAAUUUAGCUGCUAACUUUGCUUUUUAUAGAUGAUAGUCCUUAAAGGUUCAGCCCUUGACUGUCUAAUUGAUUGGUAAAGGUAAUACUGUACUUCAUGCAUUGUAUUACUAUUAUAUAAAGGAUUAGUUUAUCCAGACCUCUGAGCCUUAUAAAGGGUCUUCUCGGGCUGUGAGCCUUAUAAAGGCGCUUCUCAGGCUAGUUUCCAUUCAUUGUAACAGGUUAUGUCUUAAAUUGAACUCAUGUUAGAUGAUUUUAUGAAGUGUAAAAUGAGAAAGUGGCUGUAUCGAUAUAAAAUUUGGUGUGAUUAGUGGGCUGCUAUAGGAAUUUUUUGUGAAUUAAAUGUAACUACCUAUUAGAUUUUAAUGCUUUAUGGUCAAAUAAGUGACUGUUGAAAAUUUGAAAAUCUUCAUACAAUGAUUCCAGUAUGAAUUACCAGUGCUCUAGUCUCAGGUAAUAUAUCUUAAUCUAUUUUUAUAAAUUUUAAGCAAAGUGGCAAUCUACCAUGACUUGAUAUGAUAAAGUUAUUUACUUUUAGUGAUUAUUGACUGUAAAUAUUUACUGAAUUGUUAGUGCCAGUAAUAGACUACCAAAAAGUAGAGGCAGUGUUAAACAAUAUGUAAUACUGGUUAUUAGAUUUUGUUAUAAAUUUUAUCAAUAAAUUAUAUACUGUGAGUUAUUGUUUCAA